CUUCCGGUCCGCUAAGCGGAGGCCGGAAGUGUUGUUUGCAGCGUCUCUGGGAGUGGAAAGGAGUCGGUAGCGGCAGUCAGGGCAGUGAGGGGUUCCCUGAAGCGCUCGGGUUCUCGCGGCUGAGCAGGGAUUUAACUGCCACCAUGUCGAGCAAAAGAGCAAAGACCAAGACCACCAAGAAGCGCCCCCAACGCGCAACCUCCAAUGUGUUUGCCAUGUUUGACCAGUCACAGAUUCAGGAGUUCAAGGAGGCCUUCAACAUGAUCGAUCAGAACAGAGAUGGUUUCAUCGACAAGGAAGACUUGCAUGAUAUGCUUGCCUCCCUGGGGAAAAAUCCAACUGAUGAGUAUCUGGACGCCAUGAUGAAUGAGGCUCCAGGUCCCAUAAAUUUUACCAUGUUUCUCACGAUGUUUGGUGAAAAGUUAAAUGGCACCGAUCCAGAAGAUGUCAUCAGAAACGCUUUUGCUUGCUUUGAUGAAGAAGCAACUGGCACCAUUCAGGAGGAUUACCUGAGAGAGCUGCUGACCACAAUGGGAGAUCGGUUUACAGAUGAGGAAGUGGACGAGCUGUACAGAGAAGCACCUAUUGACAAAAAGGGGAAUUUCAAUUACAUUGAGUUCACGCGCAUCCUUAAACAUGGAGCGAAAGACAAAGAUGACUGAAAAGAACUUCAAAUUCCAGCCAAACUUUCCUUGUUGCUACUUUGGGUAUUUCUGAGACUUUCUCUUAGAGCCUAUUGCAUGCCCUUAGCUUUACAGCUUUUGCCUUUCUUGUUGUAUUUAUUCUCAACCAUUUGGGGCACAUGCAUCUCUAUAAUUCAGACUGGAAAUGGGACUUUUUGUCAUUUUCAGAAUAGAAAAUAGGGUAGUUUAACUUACCCCUACCUUCCCCUCCCCCAAUAACUGCAGUCUACAAAGAGUCGAUAUAUUUUUUCAGAGAAAGUUAUUCACUCAAUUUUUUCUGAACCAUAAUUAAACUUUAUGAUAGAAACUUA